AUGGGCAACAACCUGAGCAUCUACCGAAAUCUGAUACGCCCUGCACUGUUCCUGCUGCCGGCUGAAUCAGCCUAUGACCUCGCCACUGUAGCACUUAGGCUAUCGCCGUUGUGGCGUGUCAUAGGCGCAAUGAACAGUUUCGAGUCGUCAAACAUCCGCACCACGGUGGGGGGAAUCAACAUUAAGAACCCGGUCGGUCUGGCAGCUGGCCUAGAUAAGGACUGCAAGGUUCUUCCGGCACUCUCCUCCCUUGGUUUUGGGUAUGUGACCUGCGGAACCGUCACGCUCCACCCAAGGCCCGGUAAUCCCAAGAAACGACUUAUUAGGGACAGAUCACGGGAAGCGCUCAUAAACUCUAUGGGGUUCCCAAAUAAGGGCCUCGAUUCGGCGGUCGAGCGUAUCAAGCGGGCCCGCCGCAGGUGUUUGGACACUCCAAUUGUCGUGAGCGUCUCGGGUACUGAGAUCGAUGACAUCGUCACAUGCCACCGGCGGCUGGAGCCACUAGUGGACGCGGUUGAGAUCAACAUAAGCUCGCCGAAUACGGAGGGGCUCAGGAUCUUCCAAGAACCCGACGUGUUGGAAACACUCCUCAACACGAUCAAUGCGGGACGCUCUAAGCCUCUCUUUGUGAAGAUGCCUCCUUUCCCCCGGAAGACGAGAAUGCUGCGAACCACUAUCCCCGUGGAGAACCCCCAGCUCGAAGUCGGUUCAGGUGGACUAAGCGGAAAGCCCAUCUAUGAACAGAUGCUGCGAAUGGUUUCCGAGAUGCGGGAGCGUAUAGGGGACAAGGCAGACAUUAACGCCUGCGGUGGGGUCUUCACAGCCAAGGACGCUCGGAGAGUCAUCGAGGCGGGUGCGACGACAAUUCAGAUGUUGACUGGCUUCGUUUACAAUGGGCCGUGUGUUGCACCGCACAUCAAUAAGGCUUUAUCCAACAGUUUGGCCGAAACGCACGGGGUCGGCUCAAUUCACGAACUGGUCGCCAUCAAAACACGCGCCUAG